CCGUGUAUCGCCACCGCAAUGAUGUGGGAGCGGAGGGAUACCGUGUAUCGCCACGGCAGUGAUGUGGGAGCGGAGGGAUACCGUGUUUCGCCACGGAGCUGAAGAUCGACUGUUUACGGGUGGAGACUGCAAGGAAUUUAAAUCCCCCCCGGGUUGUUACGCUACACGUAAAAGACGAAAUAACAGUGGUAGUUGAUGUGCUUCUUUGGAUUAUUCAGUACAGUUUAAUGUAGUACAUGUGAGCUCGAUAGGCCGUCGGUGUUAGAGUUUUCCAGGGGGUUGUUUUCGCUGUCAGUGGAUGGCCAUGGCGGUGGAGACGCGACCGGAGCUGGUUGGGAAGCGGUUCCUGUGUGUCGGUGGAGACGAGCCGCUGGAUCUCCGGGAUAUCGGCCGCUGGGGCUGGCGAGCUGGGGUCAUCCGAGCCGUUACUCACCGGGACAACAACCAUUCAGAGUUGACGGUGUACGUGGAGUUUGAUGACCUGGAGUGGGAGAAGCGUGAGUGGGUGAAAGUGUACGAGGACUUCCAGGUGUUCCUGCUGGAGCAGCAGCUGGUAUGGGCCAAGAGGAGAGAGGGCACCCUGCUGGUGGAGAACCCCCAGGGGACUAAAGACAAGCACAUCCAGUGGCCAGCUCUGGUAAGGACUGAUCCAGCUGUCUUCCAUCGUGCCUUAUCUCCCUGGACUCAGAACAUCUGAUGUUAAUGUAGCUAUCUGCUCUCUGCAUUGAUCUCAGUGCUCUCUCCGUUACCUAGACCCACUGAAGAUUACCAUGGUAACAAGGAUUAUAGAUCUGUGGUACAUAGGAUUACAAUGAUUAUGUUUCUGUGCUGUGGGACAUAGGAUUAUAAUGAUUCUGUGGUGUGGGGGGGGGUCUUUCUGAGCACCUAGUGAUGUGAUAGAGGGGGGUGUCUUUCUGAGCACCUAGUGAAGUGAUAGAGGGGGGUGUCUUUCUGAGCACCUAGUGAAGUGAUAGAGGGGGGUGUCUU